UAGAAGUUUUCUAUGGGUUGAUUGUCCCCCGGUUUCAGCAACCGGCCACCCAAGUUCCCUCCACCCACUUGGGGACUGAAAGCACCUGUAAAUAAAACCCACCCGCCAUCCAGGAGCAUCAGUUCCUCCAUCUCACAGGAGACAGUUAUUCUUUCCUUCCCUGUUGCUGCUGGAGUGGAUAGGUGGAUCUUGGCUACAGAAGGAGCUACAGACUGCUACUGUUCCACGCCUGCGUCGUGUCCUUCCGCUGGUUGAGAUGAGGGCUGUGGUGCAUCUUCUGUUGGCUGUGGGCGUGUUUCACCUAGCUAGGGCCCAGGAGUCGUCUGAGAUCCUCCGCCUCAGCAAGGCAGCAGUGGCGUUCCCCGGGGAGCUCCCGUGUCCUGGUUGGAGCUGCGACUGUGCGCUCCGCCAGGUGGGCUGUUGCUGCGCCACCAGCCGCAUGCACGAGGUGGAGGACCUCACCUACACCCGACUCACUGACAUAUGGCAGAGCAUCAAACAGCUGGACCGCAGCGUCCAGGAAACCAUAGGGGGAAGAAGGGUGGCUUUCACUGCCUCAGGGAUUCCCAGCAUGCACUGCUUCGGACCAUUCUCCAUCGAUGUGUCUGUUCCCUACAACACCGUCUCCCUCAACCACGGAGACGGAUACAACCCUGCCCUUGGCGUCUUCACGGCCCCCCGCGCCGGCCUCUACUCAUUCUCCUUCACGGCCUACUCCCGGCGGGCCUCCGCAGGGGACCGCAUGUUCUUCCAGCUGCAGCUGCUGCGGAACGGGGAGGUGAUGGCGUCCGUGUGGGAGGAGAACCGCCAGGACUCCGAGGACAGCAGCACCCAGGGCCUCCUGCUCUCCCUGGAGCGGGGGGGGCAGGUGUACGUGCUGCUGCGCGCCGGACGCAUGCUCUGCGGCGACGCCGCCGGCCGCAACACCUUCUCGGGUUACAUGGUGCACGGCAUGUAGUCCUGACCCGCUUGUCCCCCGCGCACAAACACACACGCUGGCGUGCACGCAAGCCCGCUGACAUGCACGCACGCACACUGUCAUGCAGGCACCAGUUCACAUCCAGGCACUCACAAUGGCCUGUACACCCAAGUUUAUGUACUCACACCCACACACACACGUACUCGCACGCGCAUGCACACAGAUACACGCACAUAGAUACAUGCGCACAGAUACAAACACACACGUUGACCUGCAGGCACGAGUUCACUUGCACACCCACACGUGCAUACUCGCCUGUACAUGCACAGAUGCCCCUGCAAACACAGGCAGGAACGCACACACACCACACACCUCUUGUUCUGACCUGGCAAUCACAGGAACAAUAAUAUAUACAUGUAUUCACCAUUUCUCACCUAAAUCCUAAACCAAACCAUCUCUAACCUAUUACCUCUAAACUACUAAGGUACCUCAACUUAAGCAGCUCUCUCCUAAUACAGACAAAUUCGAUAUUUUGAUCUAAUUUAGUAAAAUUAAUCCAACUUUUUAAUCCAUAUUUGACAGGAACAUGUUGAUAGGACAUACGCGGCAACACAUACGCUUUGGGAACGUAUCAUUACACUGGUCAUACUGAACAAUCUAACACAGGUGGUGAAUUACAAUACGAGUGUAACUUUAAUUUGUCCCCAGCAUUGAGGAGCCCAAUGUGUUUUAUUAUUAAACAGUCUGAU